UGUUUUUCACACAUAAGCUGCAUCCCCUAGCAACGAUAGUAGACUGAUCCAUUUACAUUGGCGGCCAUUUUGUUGGGGGGAAAACAAACGGCUUAAAUGGUUCAUACUUUUAUUUUUAAUCUUCUUUGACUGUUUCAACGGAUACAGAGGACAAAAUGGCCACAAUCAGACGGGCACCACCUCAAACAGUAGCUCAACGUGAGCGUCAACUGGAGAACUCGAGACACCAGGAGAUGGUUCGCGACGAGACUCUGAAAAACCUGUCCCGAGAGAAGAUGCUUGAGUCAAACAUGAACCGGGAAGGCCGACUGGAGGAUAAACGCUUCAUUCGUACACAGAUGCAGGAACAGAAAGAGAGAGAUAUGGAGGAGACUAUUUUUAAGGCCCAGAGGGACCGUCUGCAGCGUGAAGAACAAAUGGCUCAAGAAGAGAGAUUGGCAACAGAGCUGGAGAGAAGGAAGCUGGAUUCAAUCAGGGAUGAGAAAAUGAGACAGCAGAUCAGGGAAACUAGCCUUGAGUUACGGGAGUUAGAGGCCAAACUGAGGUCGGCCUACAUGAACAAGGAACGUAUGGCGCAGAUGGCUGAGAAAGAAGCCAUGAAGUUUGAUGUGAUGAAACGUGACUCAGAGAUUGCCCAGGAAAUGAUGGAAGAACACAAGCGUGCCGAGGAAGCUGAGCGACAGCGUGAAAUGGAGAAAUACAAGGAGAGUAUCCGAUACCAACAGGAGCUUGAACGGCAGUUGGAAGAACAGGAAGGGAAGAAACAACAGGCCUACGAGGAAUUCCUUAAGGAGAAACUCAUGAUUGAUGAAAUUGUGAGGAAAAUCUAUGAGGAAGAUCAAAGAGAAAGAGAGCUUGCACUCAGGAAACAGAAGGCCACUCAGGAAUUCAUCCAGGACUUCAAGGCAGCGAGGGAGCAAUGGAAAAUCCUGGAGAAACAGAGGAUGGAGGAGGAGAACAGGAAGAUCAUGGAGUUUGCGAGGGUACAGAAGGCAAGGGAAGGGGAACGGAUGGCGCAGAAGAAGGCGAAGGAAGACUCCAUGGCUAAAGUGCAGCAGGCGUUGGCCCAUCAAAUCUCCAGGCAGGAACAAGAACGCGAGGAAAUGGAGAAAAUCAGGAUGGAACUUCACCUGGAGGAACAAGAGGAGAGAGAAAGACAGAAGGAGAGGAACCUAAUGGAGAGGCGUAUCCGACAACGUCUGGAGCUUCAAGAUCAGCACGCCCAACAGAUGCACUUCAAGCAGCUCAGACAGGAGGCUGAACAGCAGGAGGAGGAGAACUUCAGGCAACAGAUGAUGGCCAAGUUUGCAGAGGAUGACCGUAUUGAACAGAUGAAUGCCCAGAAACGUCGCAUGAAGCAGAUAGAACACAAACGUGCUGUGGAAAAUCUCAUCGAGGAUCGUCGUGUCCAGUUUGCCGCCGAUCGGGAUCGCGAACUUGCCGAACGACGCGAGGAGGAGAAUAUGGAGGCGUUCAAGAAACAGAUUAUCGAGGAAGAGAGGCAAAAACUGCUUCAAGAGCAUGCUAUGAGGCUACUCGGAUAUCUGCCGAAGGGUGUAAUUCGGGACGAAGGGGACCUUCAAAGAUUAGGACCAGAAUUCCAGGAUGCUUAUCAGCGCCGCCAAAUAGAUCCCUUUGAUGAUGAAGCUUGGGACCGGCGAAAAUGAAAUAUGUGCAUAUUUUGACAUGAAUUAUGCAAAUAAUGUGAUAUUUUAAUGAAUAUUUAUUAUAUGUAUAGUAAAUGUUUUAAUAACAAAAAAAGUUAAAAAUUAAGCCUUCCUUUUUAUGAAUGCAUUUUAAAAUUAUUUUACCUGAACUUGAAGUUAAUAUUGAGUCAUAUUUAAAAAAAAUCAGACAAAUAAUAAAUAGCCUAGAUGUGGUUAAUGUAUAAUAAUGCAAAUAUAAAGGAGCUGACAUGCUGAGCAAUAUAAUGGCCUUAUGACAAUAGUUUAGAAUGUUAUGGUCUGCGAAACGAAUACUUUGGAUUGUAAUUUUAUGCUGAGUUCAAACAAUUUUGUGUGUUCAGAAUACGUCUUUAUCAUGACUGGUUAUCAUAUGGUAUCAUAUUCUGAAUGGUUCAGUUUUCUGAAUUAGUGUUGCAUGUAUGUAUAUAGAAACGGACUUCAGUGAGUCAACUGAUGAAAUAUAAGAGAUAAAAAAUACAUAAGUAAUUAAUGUAUGGUGUUAUGACAAUUUGUUGUUGUUUUUUUGUGCUUUGAAACAGAAAGAGUAUAAGUUGAAAAUGUGUUGGAAUAUUUUUAGCAUGAAAAUGUCUCAGAUCUCAUUUGCAACUGCUGAAUUUGGGAUAAAAUGGAGGAUAAAAUGACCAAGGAUCAUAAAGUAUUUAUUUUUGUCUUCAAUCAUCACAUUGAUGGUCGGACAUAAUAACUGGUUGUCUUGUUGUUAUAGGCUCGAGGCCUACAAUAAAAAACAUUUUUAGAAAUAAACUUGAAAUGAAA